AUGAUAGGUACCUUAACAGGACACUGCUGCCUUUAUAAACAUCUAAAUUUGAUGCAAAAGACAAACCUCAUAAAUUGCAGAUAUUGUAAAGGCAUGAUUGAAGAAACUAUGCAACACGUUAUAGCAUCUUGCGAUGCACACUCUAGUGUAAGGAGAAGGAUCUUAAACCACACUGUCAUCAAUGCUGAGGAGCUCGCGGAGGUGGAUCUGGAGGAUUUUCUCCUCUUCAUGAGGUCCGAUCCACCUUCUUCGACUUCCUCGACUUCUUCGGCUGACAGUGAGAUCGGGAGAUGGCUGAAUAAAUCCCAAAUAUCUGCCAAUCUCUGUGCAUUGGGACAAGUCAAGUUAAUAGAGAAGUAUACGAAGAUUGUUGAAGGAGAAGAAACUAUAACGUUGAACAGCAUCAUUGUUCUUACCACAUCAACUUCGAAAUCAAGUCACACGAUUGAUCUCGAAGAACAUUGUUGA